AUGAGACUCUUUGGACCAAAAGCUUUUGCCAUUUUACUGGUGGUACCACCGCCGCCACGAUUACGUACGCCGACAUCGCCCCAACAAACAGCAACACAAACGCAAACACCCGUACUGAGAUCACCACAAAGCUUGAGGUCCAUCGAAUCAGUCCUUUCAUCAGUAUGGCUAUUCACACUGGUCCUUGUAACACUGACAAUAAGUACAACAAUAGCAUCUGCACAGACCGUCCCUUCGUCAUCAUCCGCCUCAUCAGCCUCCUCGUCCUCCUCCACAGCUUCGGCGUCCCAAGACAACUCGACCCAGCAUAUUGUCGCAAGGUAUCCACCUGAAUCCGGGCUAAGGCUCAUCGACACUUUUGCCAAAUUGGACGCCAAUUCAACCCGUGAAGGACCACUACGUUUCAAUCAUCUCACGAUUGAUCCAACCACCGGGAGACUCUAUGCCGGAGCUGUUAAUAGACUGAUGCAAUUUGACGCAAAUCUCAAAUUAGAGAAACUUGUAUCCACUGGACCAAGGUUAGAUAAUCCCCAGUGCCAUGCAACCGGAUGUACAUCACGUGAAAUGACAACCUCGUUGAUGGACAAUGUAAACAAACUCCUGAUAGCGGAUCUGGAGUCAAAGACACUGAUAGCGUGCGGUUCUUUGCUUCAAGGUGCCUGUGAGAAGUACAAUAUAUCGAAUAUCUCACAGAAGCCAAAUUUCUUACCGCACAGUGUAGCAGCCAAUGACGAGUAUUCAUCCACGUAUGCAUUUAUCGGGCCAAAACGAUACAAUGCCUGGGAGCAUACCAGCAACAUUCUCUACGUCGGGACAACGUUUACAAAUAACGGGGAGUAUCGACACGACGUGCCAGCAAUAUCCAGUCGUCAACUUGGUACUCUUGAGUAUGCACAGUACACAUUCCAGAAGCAAUCAAUACUUCACAUUGACGUUAAAUACCGUGAUCACUUUCUCGUUAAGUAUAUUUAUGGUUUCAAUGCAAGUGAUUAUGCAUACUUUGUUCUUGUACAGAAACAAUCAUAUUUGCCGGAACAAGAGGAAUUGGGUUACGUAUCACGGUUAGCACGUAGCUGUAUUAAUGAUUCUAAUUACGAUAGUUACACCGAAGUGACGCUCCAGUGCAAUGUUGAUAUGGGAAACGGUACCGAGCAAGUUUAUAAUUUAGUACAGGAUGCCAAAGUUGCUGCCGCCGGAAGUGAUUUAGCCUCCCAGUUGGGUAUCACUACGGGAGAUCCAGUAUUUGUAUCGGUCUUUUCGCCCAGCAAGGGAAUCACCAAUGAGCCUUUGCCCCGUUCAGCUCUCUGUGUCUACAGUCUCCAAGACAUUGAGGCUAAAUUCAACGAAAACAUCUACAUGUGCUUCAACGGCAGCAUCAAGUACCGCAACAUGGGUUACAUAAGCGGGCCAAUACAGGAUGGAGAAUGUCCGGAGGCCGGUACUACCGGGAGUAUUAUUAAUUUCUGCGAGGUGGGUCUUAAAAUAUCGGGAGUCUCACCGAUUAUCGGGCAUGCCAUUCUACAGUUUCCCGAUACUUUCGUCACCUCGGUAACAGUCGCCAACACAGAGAGCCAUACUGUAGCAUUUUUAGGCACCAACGACGGUCUGCUGAAGAAAGUCCUGCUGUCAGGCUCCGAGUCGUCCGUCUACGAGAGCGUCGUCGUUGACAAGGGACACAGAAUAAUGUCCGACAUGAUCCUGUCCUCCGACGGGGCUUACAUUUACGUUCUAUCAGCUGGAAGAAUAACAAAAGUCAAAGUUGAGCACUGCAAUGAUUACACCAGCUGCAGUACGUGUCUAGACGCAAAAGAUCCGUACUGCGGAUGGUGUUCGCUGGAGAAACGCUGCACUGUUCGCAGUACGUGUCAGAAAGCAAAUCGCAGCAGUCCAAGGUGGCUGUCGUUGAGCACCGGGCAGCAGUGCAUUGACUUUGAGCAAGUGCUACCAGAUCGUCUGCCUAUUAAGCAACUGGCAACAGUCCAACUGACUAUCAGAACACUGCCGGAAUUACCAUCUGGGGCUAAUUACAAGUGUGUGUUCGGUAAUUCGGAGCCAAUCGACGCAAUAAUGACCGGUUCAGGAUUGUCUUGUCCAGCUCCGGCGAUUCAGCGUCGUCCUACGAUACCCGAGGGCACGGACCAUGUCUUGGUACCGCUGUCAGUCCGCUCCAGUGAGACCAACAAAGAUUUUGUGUCCCGUAACUUUGCGUACUUUGACUGUUCAAGACACACUUUGUGCUCGGAGUGCGUCACUUCACCAUGGAGCUGCAGCUGGUGUGUCUACGACAACAAGUGCACCCACAACACCAGCGGCUGUCAGGGUAACAUAAUAUCCGGAGAGAACGCCAACGCAGCCACCCUGGCUGCUCACGGUGUUCAAUAUUGUCCGAGAUUUUCUCGACGUCAAGAGCCUCUGAUGCUACCGAACAACGUUCCGAAAGAAAUAGUACUGGAGGUUGAAAAUUUACCGCAUCCACAAAUUGGUCACACUGGCUUUCAGUGCAUUGUGUCAAUAGAGGGAGCUAAUUUGCGCGUACAAGCCCGAGUAGACAGCAGUAGGUUCAUUGUUUGUGAUAAAACAAUAUAUUCAUACGAAGCUACUACCGGGGAGUACGAAGCAUCGGUUACUGUUGUAUGGAAUACAAACCACCAUGUAGAUCGUACAACAAUUAUUCUGUACAAAUGUGAGGUACUGGGUUCCCACCGCGAGCAUGCCGAUUGUUCGCUCUGUAUGACACGAGACCCGAGGUUCGACUGCUCGUGGUGUGGCAACAGCUGUAUGAAUCGGCACUCGUGUCUCCAUGUUCCCUUCUCCGAGUGUCCUAAACCUCGUAUAGACAUGAUACGGCCGCUCAGUGGACCCAUUGAAGGUGGGACUCUUGUCACUAUUGAGGGCAGCAAUUUGGGAUUGAAGCGCAGCGAUGUUUCUAAUAAAAUUCACAUCGGUAAUACACCUUGUGUUUUAAUAGACUAUGAAAUCUCCGUGAGAAUCAUUUGUCGGACUGGAGCACGAGAGGCCACCGACAAGGCUACUGUUGUUGUUGGGAAUGACGCUGGUUACACCGAAAGUACAGUAUUGUUUCAAUACAAAGAUAUACAAUUGUCCGGUAUUUAUCCGUCCGUUGGCCCUCAAAGUGGUGGUACACAAAUAGCAAUCACUGGGGAGUACCUGAAUAUUGGAAGUACGAUAUCUGCAUAUUUGGACGAAUUAAAGUGUCAUGUUAAUGCAACACAAGCUAGCAGUACACGUUUAACUUGUGUUACAAGUAAAUCAAAUAGUGUUAGACAAAUUCAAACAUUAACAUUGAGUAUAGACGGUGCUAAUCGUACGCUAACAAAUAAUCCCUUUAAUUACACCCAAGAUCCAACAAUUAUGGAGAUAAAACCUUUACGUAGUUUUGUAUCCGGCGGACGCAUGAUAACCGUCCACGGGACCAAUUUAGACACCAUACAAAAACCCGAGAUAGAAGUUUACGCAGACAACGAAUUGAAGCCGGUAAAUAGAACUGUUUGUAGUGUACUGAAUCCCACUCAAAUGGAGUGUCCGAGCCCCAGUGUUGCUGAUAAGUUCUACAAUCACCGCGCUAAGCGAUUAGUCCGCUCAUUGAUUUACAAACAGCAGCAACAGCAACAACAACAACAACAACCACACUCUCUGAUAGCCUCCCGUGGUACUAAAGACACUCAGCUGUCGCUGAAAAUAGCCUUUGUGAUGGACAACGUCGAGAGUGUCCGUGAUUUAGAGAAGCACUUUCAAAAUCUACGACAUCGCUUGCUAUAUGUUGAAGAUCCAAAAUUUUUUUCCUUCCCCCACAUGGUUAAAUUAUACAAAGGCGACACUCUGGUGAUAGAGGGUGAAAAUUUGAAUUACGCGAGUGAUGAGACUGAUGUUAACGUAACAGUGGGUACUGCGGUCUGCAAUGUUACGUCAUUAGCGCACACACAAUUAGUGUGUACGCCACCGGAUCAACAGCCAGUGGCUACUGAUGAAAUGGGUAUUAAAACAAAACGUGGCUUGCCACUGGUUGUAGUACGUGUUGGCAGAAGCCUACGUUUUCCGAUAGGUUAUCUGCAGUAUGAUGUAAUUAAAUCUUAUCCAAUACCACCGGAGGCUAUCGCUGGUAUUGCUGCCGGUACAUUUGGUUUGGUAUUUUUGUUUGUGCUAGUUCUCAUAGUAUACAGACGAAAAAGCACACAAGCCGAAAGGGAGUACAAGAGAAUCCAAAUUCAAAUGGACACAUUGGAGAGUAACAUAAGAAUGGAGUGCAAGCAAGCGUUUGCUGAGCUUCAAACUGAUAUGACUGACUUGACAGCCGAUCUUGAAUCCUCGGGUAUUCCGACACUCGACCACAAAAAUUAUAUUAUGAAAGUAUUUUUUCCAGGAGUGCUCGAUCACCCGAUACUCAGCGACCCUAGGUCACGUAGCGCGUUAUCCAGGUCUAAUUACGACACCGCGAUGAUUCAAUUUGAGCAAUUGGUUAACAACAAGUGCUUUAUUUUGACGUUCAUUGAAACCCUGGAAGCGCAAAAGGAUUUUAAUAUCCGGGAUAAAGUAAACGUAGCUUCUCUGCUGAUGGUCGUGCUGAUGGGCAAGAUGGAGUACGCCACGGAUGUCCUGAUGAAUUUAUUACUGAGACUUAUUGACAAGUCAGUGGAUACGAAGCAUCCGCAGUUAAUGUUAAGACGCACGGAGUCUGUUGUUGAAAAAAUGCUGACCAAUUGGAUGGCGCUGUGUAUGUAUAAUUAUUUAAAAGAUUACGCGGCGUCAUCGCUUUUUCUGCUCUUCAAAGCCAUUAAACAUCAGAUCGAAAAGGGUCCUGUGGAUGUGGUGACUCACGACGCGAGGUACUCUUUAUCGGAAGAGCGGCUGCUGCGCGAGCAAAUAGAUCAUAGCAUCGUGACUCUGCACGUGGUCCAAGAUGAUCUUGACGAAAAAAUCCAGUGCAAAGUUCUGGAUUGCGAUACUAUUAGUCAAGUUAAGUCGAAGAUACUCGACGCGUUGUACAAAAACACUCCCUUUUCCCUGAGGCCGUCCAUACAUAAUGUAGACCUGGAGUGGCGGCACGGUCGCGGUGGACAUUUGACUCUCCAAGACGAGGAUCUGACGACCAAGUGCAGCGGAGGCUGGAAGAAAAUUAACACACUGUCUCAUUAUGGAGUCAAAGAGUCCGCGGUGAUGUCUCUGAUUCCGAGGCAGAACGAGGCCUUCACGAUGGGCUGCAAGACUCCUUAUCACACGUGUAAACCUUCCUCGCACCAUCAGCAGCACACGCAUCACCACUCGCUGCACCGGAUAAACCACUGCUCCGCCACUGGACACCUUCCCUCGACGCCCAGUCAUGGAUUGCUCAGUCCUAUUAUGUAUCCUCAUCCUCCUGGGAUCUAUUUUGACGCCCAACACUCGCCUUCUUUGAUCACCGCCAAUGGAGACAUUGAAAGCUCCGGUAAUCAGCGGCUCUGGCAUCUGAUAAGACCUAUUGACGAGGUCCACUGUCCGCCCAGCAAUGGAUUCACCAACAGCAAGCACCAUCAUCAUCAUACUGAGUGCACGCACAAAGCUAUCCCGGAGAUAUUCUUGACCAGGCUACUCUCUACCAAAGGGACUGUACAAAAAUUCGUGGAUGAUUUUCUUAAUACUAUCCUCACGGCUAAUGAAGCACUCCCCAGCGCUGUUAAAUGGCUCUUUGACUUUCUGGAUGAAGCUGCCAAGCGCCACGGGAUUACGGACCCAGAGGUAGCUCACGCGUGGAAGUCUAACAGUUUACCGCUGAGAUUCUGGGUGAAUUUUAUUAAAAAUCCAGACUUUAUGUUUGACAUAAAUAAGUCGACAACUGUUGACUCGAGUUUGUCUGUUAUUGCCCAAAUGUUUAUGGAUGCAUGCUCGACGACCGAGCACCGGCUGGGAAAAGAUUCACCCUCGAAUAAAUUAUUGUUCGCUAAAGACAUACCGCACUAUCGUGACAAAGUUGGUAGAUUUUAUCAUGAUGUACAAAAAUUACCGGCUAUUACUGAGCAAGAUAUUUCAAGUGCCAUGCAGCAAUUAAGCGCGUCACACGGCAAUGAAUUUGACGUUAUUGCUGCUCUUAAGGAACUAUACAUCUACGUCCAUAAAUACUAUGAACAAAUUCUUGAGGCCUUGGAAUCAGACGCGGGAUGUCGCAAGCUGCAUUUAGCGCAUAGACUUGAAAAUGUAGCGUGCACACUGGAGGGUGAGGAGACCAGUGCCUGCUGA